UCGCUUGGUGAGAACAUUAGUGACGUAACUUCAAAAACGUUUUGUAGUAAAGUGACUUCAAAAACGUAGUUUGUAGUAAAGUGACUUGCGUCACUAAUGCAUGCAGAAGUGGAACUAAAAGUCAAAGAGUAUUACUGACGUAUCGAGACUUCCGUCAUUAAAGCAUAAUAUCAAGUUCAAUAUUAGGAGUAUGUUUAAUAGAUUAAGUCACAAUUGGUAUUUUUUGAGUUACGUCACUAAUGUUCUCAGCGAGCGAUAUGUACGCAUGUACGCCAUUACAAAUUGCUUUGUGUUGAUUUUGUCUUGUUUUGUUUUUUUAAAAAUUGAGCUAAGACAGAGUUUUACCAUUAUUGAAAUGGAACAACAUACAACAAGACUUAAAAAAUGUUGCGUUCCUGGUUGCACCGAUUCAACAAGCAAACGAUUUCGUUUUCCAAAUCCACAUGAUGCGAUGGACAUGUUUUUGGAAUGGUUGAAACUAAUCAAAACGAAUCGAUUAAGUAAGUAUACACCACUACGUGUUUACAAGAAUUUUUGUAUUUGUUCUAGGCAUUUUAAAGAAGAAGAUAGGGUACCAGACGUGAAAUCUGGAAGGAGAGGAAUUAUCAAAGGGGCCAUCCCGCGCUUAUUUUUACCGCCACAAAGUAAGAAAUGUACCUCAGAUUAUCAGGAUGAAGAAAAUUAUUUAGGUUAUGUCAGGCCUUCUACUUCCCAGCAAGACAGAAAUAUGGAGCAAGACAGAAAUGCCAGGCCUUCUACUUCCCAGCAAGAUUUAUCUAGUAAUAUGGAGCAAGACAGAAAUGCCAGACCUUCUACUUCCCAGCAAGACAUAAUGGAAAGAGAUAUUGAGGAAACUCCAGCCAAAAAGAGGUUUAUUGAUCAUGAUUAUGCCAAGUCUCCUACUUCCCAGCAAGACCUAUCUGAUAAUAUGGACCAAGACAGAAAUGCUAGGCCUUCUACUUCCCAGCAAGAUUUAUCUAAUAAUAUGGAGCAAGACAGAAAUGCCAGACCUUCUACUUCCCAGCAAGACAUAAUGGAAACAGAUAUUGAGGAAACUCCAGCCAAAAAGAGGUUUAUUGAUCAUGAUUAUGCCAAGUCUCCUACUUACCAGCAAGACCUAUCUGAUAAUAUGGAGCAAGACAGAAAUGCCAGGCCUUCUACUUCCCAGCAAGACUUAUCUGACAAUAUGGAGCAAGACAGAAAUGCUGGUGGCAAACAGCAAGGCAGGAAGGCAAGGAGAGGCAUUUUAAAAAGUAUACAAAUUUCAAGGAAGCAGUACUUAACACCAAAGAAAAGGAAAAUGUAUACAAAAAUUGUUGCAUCAAGUAAUAGAAUUCAUAAGUUGGCAUAUAGAUUAUCAAGUUACCAAGAAAAAUUACAGGCUGCUAAACGUUUAUCAGAAACAGUACCAUUUAGAAAAUUGGCUGAGCAGGUUAAUCCAUUAACAUAUACAUUUAUUUUGUCUCAAAUUCGUACCCAACAACAAAAACUGAAGGGAAGAAAAUUUACCAUAGAUGAGAAGGUCCUGGCUCUAACACUAUUUAAAGGAAGUGGAAAAGGGUACAAACUGCUGUCAAAAAUUUUUUCUUUGCCAUCUAAAAGAACGUUGACAAAUUUAUUGAAUAAGAUUAAAUUAAAUCCUGGAAUUAAUGAGAUCAUGUUUGAGAUGUUACAAAAGAGUGUCCACAAAAUGACGCCAAGGGACCGGCACUGUGUAUUAAUGUUCGAUGAAAUGUUUUUGUCAACACGUCUACAAUACAACCAAAAAGAAGAUAAGAUAGAGGGGUUAGAAGAUUAUGGUACUGAAAGGUGCCCAAAUUUUGCCAACUAUAUAAAUGUGUUUAUGAUUAAAGGUAUUUACAAACAAUGGAAGCAGCCAAUCUGUUAUACAUUUAGUGAUGGAGCUACAAAAAGUAGAAAAUUAAAAAACUUGAUAAUCGACGUAAUUAAACAACUGCAAAAUAUUGGAUUAACUGUUGUAGCCACAGUAUGCGACCAAGGAGGACCAAAUGCAGCAGCAGUCAACUUAUUAAUUCAGGAAUCCCGGACGGAAUAUUUAAGAAUAGGACAAGACUAUCAAUAUUUUGGAUUUCUUGUUAAUGGCAAAGAAAUUGUUCCUCUCUAUGAUACCCCACACCUAUUUAAAGGCUUGAGGAACAACUUAUUAAACAAGGAUCUACAUUUCGAGCUUCAUGGAAAGAAGGGUAUUGCUAAAUGGGACCACAUAGAGCAAUUCUACCAGCUGGAUGCAUCGGAGCCCUUAAGAAUUUGCCCAAAAUUAACAGACGAACAUGUGUUGAGGAACAAAAUCAAAAAGAUGAAAGUGAAGAACUGCAUGCAAGUCUUCAGUCACCAAGUUGGAAGUUUAAUGGUGAAACUUGUAGAGUGGAAAGCUGAAGUGAAUCUGUGUAGUGAAGUGGCAGAUACAGGUCGUAUAAUUUUAUUUUUAGAUGAACUUUUUGAUUCUUUGAAUUCCAAUCAGAAAACUGCUCCUGUAAGCAAACCUUUGAAAGGUGGUGUUACCUUAACAUCAAACCAUGAUCAAUUUUGGAAACGAUCUUUAACUGUUUUAAACAAAAUGAAAUUCUUUGAUAGAAAGAAACAGAAAUUUGUUUCUGUACCAUCAUUAAAAAAUUUGAAUUUUACCAUUCGUGGAUUUUUAUAUUUAAAGAACAAAUUAUUAAAAACUAAUAAUAAUUACUUACUGUUAAGAGCAUUUCAGCAAGAUGCUUUAGAAAAUUUUUUCGGGUUAAUUAGAAGUUAUAGAGCUACAGAUAAUUCAGUAAGUGUGUCAGAUGCUAUAACCACCUUCAAAGCUUUGGUUAUAAAUAAUUUUAUGUCUUUCCAUUCACCUGAAAGCAAUUGUGAAAAAGAUGUUAGUGAGGGAGCACUAGACACCUUACGUUUUUUUUUAACUGGUGAGGUAUUACCAGGUUGUACACCUUUAGUACCUGACCUUAAUUAUUCACUUCCUAUGUCAGUUUCAAAUGUUAAGAAAACUCGGGUGGGAAGGUGUACUGUAACUUAUGUUGCAGGAUAUGUAGCAAAAAAAGUAUUGAAGAAGGUUUCAUGUGAGCAAUGUAAAUACAAUAUGUUAUUUAGAGACAAGAAAGGAGAUACAGAAUUUAUUGAAGCCAGGCAAUAUAAUAUGUCAAAUUUAACAGUGCCUGGGAAUUUGUUGACUCAUUAUGUAUCUGAGGCCCUUGCAAAAUUGUUUUACCUAAUUCCAAGGGUCUGUCAUAUGCAACCUUUACACUCUAUAUUGUGUGAACAACUUAAUAAAGAUAAACUUUUAACAUUUUCAGUAUUCAAUUGUAAAAUACAUUCAAAUGUUGGUUCAAAUCUGUGUAAAUUUAUUGUUAGACUUUCUGUAUAUAUGUGGUGUAAAAGUGUAAAUACAAUUCUAAAUGGCAAAGACCAGAAAUUUAUUAAUGGUAUAAAAAGUAAGUCAGAAUAUACUAAGACAGAUCCUAUAAAAUUGGUUGCUUAUAGAAAAUAUGAAAAAAGGAGAAAACAAUUUUUUAAGGACCGAUCAUAAAUCUGGACCUCAGAGGUAAUCUACGCUAUGUCCACAUGGUGUUGUUUUGAAUAAGUUCCUUUAAUUAAUCUAUUUAUUUUAUUAGUUGGAAUAUACAAAUUGGUUAUAUAAUAUCAUUAAAAUAUGGUCACAUUGUCUUUCGAACAAUAAUUAUGGGAUAUAUCAGAUUUUUAUGACAUUCAAAGUGCUCUACUUCACAGUUGCUUGAAAUGACAGAGUGUAGUUUACCUGCAAGGUCCAGAAAUACAGAUUUAUCAGUUCCAAUGUAAAACUAGACAAAAUUGUAUGUCAUUGUUCUCUUCAAUGAAUUUUGAGAAGCUCCUUCAUUAAAACUUUAUGCUUAUCAUACUUGAUACAUUUUUACAAAAAGUCAUCUGUUUUUGUUUGUAGACAAUUUCCAUUUACAUUUUAAUAUUUCCAUUUUGUUUUUAGCAAAUAACAUUUUGUGUGUUUUUCAUUUACUGGACUCAUAUGAAUCUCAAGCAUUAUUUUUAUUGUUUUACAUAUCUAACGUGCUAUGUACUAUUUUGAAUUUUAUAAUCAAUUAUUAUCAAAAUAGAAAGUAAAAUAGUUAAUUACUACAGUUAUGAAUCAUAUUUCAUCACCAUUUUGAUGUUUAUUUAGUUGUAUAGUUAUUUCAGCAAUGUUAAUAAAAACUUUGAAGGGCUGAAGUGAAAAAUUGCCAUUUUUGACUUAUACUCUUAAUGCAUAGCACGAUAGAUAUUUUCUACUUUCCCAACCAUUUUGCUUCUCACAAUUGCUUCCAUCCUUUUCUAUCUUGCGCCAUUCUGAUCCACUGUUUGCCUGCCACUGCUCUUAUGUCAUCUACCCAUCUCUUGAGUCUUCCCAUGCUUAUUUCAUCCUCCUUGGUCUCCAUUCUAGAAUUUUCUGUACCCACCAGCUAUCAUCAUACCUGUGACUGUGAAAUUGACUGUGUGACCGGCCCAACAUCAUUUCAUUUUUUAAAUUUGUUCCAUGAUAUCCAUGAUCCACUCCAAUUUGUAUGUACAAACUGGUAGUAUGCAUGUGCUAUGUAUGUUUAUAGAAAUGGAGGUGCUUUUCAAGAUAUAUGCUGGUUUACCAAAAGUGGCCCAUGUCUGUUGUGUUAUUUUAAUUUCAGCAUCCGGAUUUGGUUUUCCCAGUUUGAUGACAUGGCCCUUGUAUACAUAAUGUUCAACAUUUUCUGUGCUAUGAUUUUGUAUUGUUAUGUUCGUCUGAUUCUGGCUCUUUAUUUUUGUUUUAUUGUAGUUCAUUUUUAAGCUUACAGCUCUCGAAACUACAUUUAAUUGUUGUAACAUUUCAGUUAGUUCUUGAAUAUGUUCUAAUAAAACUAUGUUUUCAAAUGGUUUAAUUAUGAUACGUUGAUGUUUACACAUUUGUCCCAUUCUAAUUUCUUAAAAAUAUUUUCUGGAGUAAGGGGAAUAGUUUGGGAGAAAUGGUGCCUCCUUAUCUCACUCUCUGUUGUAGAUAGUUACAUAGUUAGUACACUUUUAUUAUGCAUUAUAUAUUUUACUAUAUAGAUGAAUAAUUUGAAGACAUUAUAAUUUCGUAUAGGUAAUUAUGUAGAUACUUUUUUGUUUAUUUUAAUAAUUCAUUUGUGUCACAUAUAAUUGUUAAUAUUUUGUUUAAUGUGUAAUUAAGACUUUAAUUGUACUCUAGUUUAUAAGAAAUUAUAGAGAUUGAUUUUAUAAUGUAUGUUAGCAUAUUUUUUUUGUAUAUUUUGUAUAUUUGUCUCUUUCACUAUUUCCUACUAACAAGGCAUCAUCAGCAUACAUUAAGCACCAUGGAAUGUUACCCUGUAGUUUCGCUGUUAUCUGGUCCAAAACUAAUGAGAAAAAUUACGGACUAAGCACCGAGCGUUGGUGCAAUCAUACUUUCACAUGAAAUUUAUGUCUCUCCCACACCUGUUCUAACACUAGUCGUUACUCCCUCAUACAUAUCUCUCACAAUCUUUACAUAUUCGCCAGGGACUUCUUUCUUGUUGAGUGCCCACCACAGAAUCUCUCGAGGAACUCUAUCAUAUGUUUUCUCAAGAUCAAUGAAUACUAUAUGAGCGUUUGUUUCUUUACUCUUGUAUUUUUCCAUCAACUGCCUUAUAAUAAAAAUUGCAUUUGUUGUUGAUCUACCCUGCAUAAAGCCAAAUUGAUUCUAGGAUAUUUCAGUCUCUUCACGUAUCCGUCUAUCAAUUACUCUUUCCCAUAUUUUCAUGGUGUGGCUAAGCAGUUUUAUAGCCCUGGAGUUUGUACAUUGUUGUAUAUCGCCCUUGUUUUUUGUAGACAGGUACUAGUAUACUGCUUCUCCAUUCAUCUGGCAUUUGUCCAACUUCCAUAAUUCUAUUAAAUAAACCUGCUAGCCACCUUGUUCCUGUCUCUCCCAAUGCUCUCCAUACUUCCCCAGGAAUAUCAUCUGGUCCUACUGCUUUUCCUUUCUUUAUUUUUUGAAGCGCUUUAGCCACUUCCUCGUUUGAUAUUGUGUUGACCAUUACUGUUACUGACUCCACAGGCUGUCUGUCAAAUUCUUCAUUUAAUAAGCUGUCAAAGUACAUCCUCCAUCUCUUUUUGACAUCCUUUUCGUGAACUAGUAUUUUAUUAUUUUCGUUUCGCGAUCAUAUCGUUUUGAAAAUCUGUGUCGGAUCUGGUUUCUUGUCACUUUUUAUAUAAUUUUCCCUUCUUUUUUAUUUUUCCUUGUACUUCGUUUGACCACCACCAAGUCUCUUUAUCCUCGAAAAUGUUUUCCUGACGUUUUCCCAAGUAUUUCAGUAGCAGUCUCUCUAAUACUACUGGCCAUCUUGUCUACUAUUCUUUCCCUGAAUAGACCUUCUUUCUCAUCUUUUAGCAUCAACCACUUGGUGUCCAGCUUGUAAUUUCCAUAUUGGAUAUAUCCUCUCGCAGUUGAUCUUCCCAUCUUAUUUUCGGUCUUCCUAUAGGUCUGUUUAUUACUGGCGUCCAAUUUGUUAUCUGCCUAAUUAAUUCAUCCGCUCCUCUUCUUUGGAUGUGGCCAAACCAUUUUAGUCUUUGUGCUUGACUGAAUCCCACAAUGUCAUCUCCUUCCAUUAAAUUUCUUAUUUCGUGAUUCAUCAAAAUUCGUAUUUCUCCUUGAUCUGUCUUAAUUGGACCAUGUAUUCUGCUCAUAAUGUUUCUUUCUAUUAUUCUCAGUUUUUCUUCAAUACUGUAUAUUAGCAUAUUUUUUUUGUAUUUUUUUGCAUAUUUCUGUAUAUUUUGUUUAUUAUAAUUUUAAGAAUCAGAUUAAAAGAGCUUGACAGAUCUA